AUGGAUAUGAAUAUAUCGAAUUUAGAAAUUUGCUGUUUAGCUUAUGAUAAAAAGUUCGAGGAACUGAAAGCCAAAAUAGAUGCUGAUCCUGAUUGUGUAAAAAAGAAAGAUCGUGAUAGUCGUACCGUUCUUCAUUGGGCUUCUUCAGGUGGUUCAAAGGAUAUUGUUCAAUAUUUGCUUGACGUUUGUCAUGUUCGACCGGACAUACCUGAUGAACUUGGUUGGACACCUCUGAUAAUAGCCGUAUCAACAGGUCAUCUCGAAAUUGUUCGAAUGCUUUUAGAAACAAAAAAAGUCGAUGUUGAACAAUCAAAUUCAUGUGGAGCUCGGCCAUUGCAUUAUGCAUGUUCGAAAAACUUUUAUGAAAUUGCUCAAUUAUUACUAGAACACGGUGCUGAUGUAAAUGCAACAGACAAAUAUAAACAAACACCGUUAGACCGUUGUUGUUCAAAAGGAAAUACACGUAUUGUCGAACUUUUAUUAAAGCAUCCAACAAUAGAUUUAAGUAUGCAUAAAGAAUGCGAUGGAGAUCAUGCAUUACCAUUGUAUCAACGAAAAUAA